AUGAUAUGCACCGCCGCUCUCGUCAUUGGCCUUGCAGCUCUCGAUGUUGUCAAUGCCAUGCCGUUCACCAUACCUUACCUGGACAAGACUGGUCGGAUUGAGGUGCAGGGUCACCGCGGCGGCCUUGGUAUGAGGAGUGAGGAAUCACUUUGGNNGCAUUCGCACACGCCUUGGUAUGAAGUCGGUGUAGAUGUGCUUGAGAUGGAUACUGUAUUUACUAAGGACGGUGUUCCGGUAAUCUGGCAUGAUCACUGGAUCUUUCCGACAAAGUGCACUGGCGACUAUGUAGGUCAAUAUAUCGCCAAUCUGACUCUCCAGCAAGUAAAGACACUCGAUUGUUCUCUGCAACUUGCGGCUCAUCCCCAGCAAGAGCAGGUUCUGGAAUUGGUGAAUUGCUACGGUGACAAGGGCGUGACGAUCAACCUUGAGACCAAACUCUCGCCUACUGCACCUAACGAGACUUUGUCAAUCGACACCUAUAUCACCGACCUGAUCCCUAUCCUCCAAAAGCACGGCUUCGAGUCUCGUACCUCGAUCCAGUCGUUCGAUUGGCGUACCCUCAUUGGUAUCCACAACGCCUACCCCACCAUGCCCAUUGUUGCUCUGCUCGACGAGACGACAGUGGUGCCCGACAAAAGCAACAAAUCUUACCCCUGGUUAAAAAACAGCAAAUACCCAUGGCUCGGCGGUCUCGACCUCGAUGACUUCUCAGGCGACUGGGUAGCCGCAGCUCACUCGAUUGGCUCAUCAAUUCUUUCCCCCAACCACGGUACCGGCAACUCAAGUGAUGCUACUGUCAACAGUCCUCUAUAUAAGCCGUUUACCACGAAGGGUGUUGUAGAUAGAGCUCAUGGAUUGGGUAUGCAGGUAAUCCCUUGGACUGUGGAUGCAGAGGUGACCAUCAGCAAGUUGCUCAAUGAUGGUGUUGACGCGAUUAUUAGCAACUAUCCCGAGAGAGUC